CUGCCUAAAACCACUGUAGUGGCCAAAACAACCACUGUACAGCCUAAAACUACUGUAGCGGCCAAAACAACCACUGUACAGCCUAAAACUACAGUUUUAUCAACUGUUUCCACGAUCGCAACAACUCAACCAAACCCAGUAUGCGCCGAUUGCUACCCAGAUGUAUCAGAUAUCUUGAUACUCAUGGAUUGCUCCAACGCCCAAGAAGCUGAUGCGUUUGAAAAUCAGAAGAACGCAGUUAUCCAAUUGACUUCUAACUGGAAUCACAUGAAACGUGUCUCUGCUGCGUGCUAUUCUUCCGCUCUUGAUCAGUUCGCUCCCUACAGCUCGUUGAACAGCAACAACGACUUAGCACUUCUCAUUAAUGCCCAGAACCUCCAACAAUCCGCUCCAGACUUGAGCAAGUAUAAUAUAUAA